UUCGUGAGAACAGCAAAUUUUUCAAAGAUUUGUUGUCUUCAAAAUAUGUCUUCUUCACAAAGUUCUUCUUCGAAAAGUUACGCAGUGGUGAAAUUUCUAUCUGAUUCGACAUUCUCAGAAGUGCCAGUUAAUUGGAUUUCAAAAAGUGGUGAUACUGCUUAUUGUUGGUGGCCACCACGGUCAUCAAACAAUGCAAUGUUAAUUGCUAACUGCGUAAAUCCAAACUACAAAUUGUGGCAUAACUUUGAGGUGGAAGUGAUCAAAUAUUGUUCCUCUCUUGAAUCGGCACGAAAAAGUGCGGCAGAUGGAAAUUAUAAUACGACGGAUGAGGACCGAUGUGGUCGAGGAAAGAGACAACAUGUUCCUCAUCAACCGUACAGUUCGGACGACGAAUUGGAAAAUACCAAAUAUAGACAGUUAAAGAAACAAAACCAAACCCAACCGAAGGUGCUUUCCCUCAUGGCACCAGCAUGUCCCGAAAAUUUCGGAAUUAAUAAACAUACACAAGAUAAUGGAACCUACGGAAAUAGAAAUAACGAUGCACUUUCACAAUCUUAUAUUGAAGCUGCAACCGAAAAUAAUGGCAACAGUCCAAUUUACAGUUCUGAACGUAAGCAAGAUGAACUGGUGCAAAAUGUUCAGGAUAUAAUAAUCCAAGAUUGUACUUCUGAGUUUCCUGUUUCUUUUCAUCUACAAGAGAGUAUACAAGGGCUACAAGAAAGUGUUAAAGCAAUACAACGUUUGGUAGCGGCAGGAAAUCUAGCAAUAAAAGACAACACUGAACGGUUAAGAAGACUAGAAGAUACGAUCAAAAAACGGGUAUUACAAGAACCAAUGGAUAAUGAUGACAGUUUAAUUCGACAAUUUUUUCCUAUCAGCGAAAUAGAAGACAUACGACAUGUAGAAGACAUAUUGAAAAGUAAUCAAGAAGCAGUGACGCAAUUCAACCGAUUUCUAAUCAAAAUUGGCGGAAAUAAUCCAAGAGACAAUUUACAUCGGAUUUUGAAGAAUGUCUUCACAAAUGACUUUGCUAUGGCUUGUUCAUGGAAGGGGAGAAGAGAUAAUUUCAAAAUUUGUGACUUGAAAUUGAUACAAAUAAUGAGAAGACAAGUUCUUUCGCGUCACGUAACAGUAACAGAGACGGAGUUUGAAAGUAUCGUGGCAGAGUGGUUACGUUUUGCCAAACAACGUCAACAAAGAAGCAGUAAGAAUAAAAAUGUACCUGAAGAAGAUGAACAACAAAGGACCGAUAUAAAUGAAAAUGUUCCUGAAGAAGAUAAUGCCUAA